GGUUUAGCGCGCGUGCGCAGUAAGCUCUUCCGUCAGGUGUGUUGUGGAAAUGGUGGAGAAGAAAACUUCGGUUCGCUCCCAGGAUCCUGGACAGCGGCGGGUUCUGGACCGGGCUGCGCGACAGCGCCGCAUCAACCGGCAGCUCGAGGCCUUGGAGAAUGACAACUUCCAGGACGACCCCCACGCAGGACUCCCCCAGCUUGGCAAAAGGCUGCCUCAGUUUGACGAUGAUGCAGACACGGGAAAGAAGAAGAAGAAAACUCGAGGUGAUCAUUUUAAACUUCGCUUCCGAAAGAACUUUCAGGCCUUGCUGGAGGAGCAGAACCUGAGUGUGGCCGAGGGUCCCAACUACCUGACAGCCUGUGCGGGACCCCCCUCCCGGCCCCAGCGCCCCUUCUGUGCUGUCUGCGGCUUCCCCUCCCCGUAUACGUGCGUCAGCUGUGGUGCUCGGUACUGCACUGUGCGCUGUCUGGGCACCCACCAGGAGACCAGGUGUCUGAAGUGGACAGUGUGAGCCUGGGGGUCCCCAGAGGAGAAGGCCUUCGGUGCAUCAAUCUCCCCAGCCUCAGAGAGGGCUUGGCCAAAGGGAGAGGUACUCUCAUGGACCAAGAGAGGAGCCAUUCCCGCGCCCAACGAAGCUGUGUCCUACGUACCGCGGAAGACCAGUCUUACUCCCAGGGACUGUUUGCAGGGAAGUGGGCUGGGCCCUCAGUGUGCUGUUGUAAUAAAAGGUUUCAUGCGAGGAGGA